GUCCCUCCGUUGUGCUUCAGCCUCGUCGAAGAAAUUUGUCAUAGGCUUCAUUGUAGGCUUCUUUACAACUUUGUAUUUGGCCCACCAUAUUUUGGAAGUCUACAAUGCACCACAACCGCUAAGAAGGAGGAUCGUCAGGCCUUUGCCAAAACCAGACAAUAGCAAUGUGAGUGAGGAGCUUUCACAAAAAGUCAGAGUGCUUUGUUGGAUAAUGACGGCACCAGUUAACCUACAGACCAAAGCUAUUCACCUAAAAUACUCCUGGACUCGACACUGCAAUACAACUUUGUUCAUGAGUUCAAUUGACAGUGACUUCCCAACUAUUGGUCUGGGUACAAAAGAGGGGAGGGAUGCACUUUAUUGGAAGACUAUCCGAGCCUUUCAUUACAUACACGAACACUACUUUGACCAAGCUGAUUGGUUCUUGAAGGCAGAUGAUGACUCAUAUGUGGUGAUGGAGAACUUACGUUUGCUGCUUUCAAAUUACACACCUGACCAACCUAUCUACUUUGGCAAGCGUUUCAAACUCUUUGUUGACCAAGGCUACAUGAGUGGAGGAGCUGGUUAUGUACUUAGCAAGGAAUCUCUGAAACGAUUUGUGGACGGAUUUCGUGCUGGGAACUGCACUCACAAAUCUUCUGUGGAGGACCUUGAACUGGGGAAGUGCAUGGAGACUAUGGGCGUUACAGCAGCUGACACAAGGGACAGUGAAAAGAGAGAGAGAUUCAAUCCGUUUUCUCCUGAGUACCAUCUAACUACUCACUUUGAAGCAAAUGACCUCUACAAGGAUUACUGCUACUAUCCUGUUGUUGAGGGUCCCCAGUGCUGCUCAGACUUGGCCAUAUCUUUUCAUUACGUGAAUGCUGAACUCAUGCACACGCUGGAAUAUUUCACCUACCACCUGAGGCCUUAUGGAUAUCAGUAUCGUUACCAACCUCCACUUCCUGAGAAUGCAGAAAGACUCCCUAAUCAAAGUCUCCACAAAAAUGCUACAGAUCAGAAACUAACCAUGAAACCUUGUACAGCAACCAGAAGCUUAAAAGCAGGACUUUAGACCGUCUCUAUACAUUAAACCAACAAGCCAAAGGUGACCAAUAAAAUAAAGAAACGCGUUGCCAACGCAGGCUUUAUACCAGACGUGUGAGCAGUAGCCUUGACUAA